CUUUCGGCCAGAACCGCCAUCUUCCAGUAAUUCGCCAAAAUGACUAACACAAAGGGAAAGAGGAGAGGCACCCGCCAUAUGUUCUCUAGGCCUUUUAGAAAACAUGGAGUUGUUCCUUUGGCCACAUACAUGCGAAUCUACAAGAAAGGUGAUAUUGUGGACAUCAAGGGAAUGGGCACUGUUCAAAAAGGAAUGCCCCACAAGUGUUACCAGGGCAAAACUGGAAGAGUCUACAAUGUCACCCAGCAUGCAGUGGGCAUUAUUGUGAACAAGCAAGUUAAGGGCAAGAUUCUUGCCAAGAGAAUUAAUGUACGUAUUGAGCAUAUUAAGCACUCUAAGAGCCAAGAUAGCUUCCUGAAGUGUGUGAAGGAAAAUGAUCAGAAAAAGAAGGAAGCCAAAGGGAAAGGUACCUGGGUUCAACUGAAGCGUUAGCCUGCUCCACUUUGU